GGAAGUGGACCGUUUUUCUUAUGGAAAGGAAGAUGGCGGUGAAUCAACAGCUGCACGACCGCUACAAAUUCUUAAACAUGACAUUCAGUUUAAUUUCUCUAUAAUGCAGCCGUGCAGGGUAAUGGACAAAGAUAGAUUUGCUUCUGCUUCCAGCUCUUGGCUGGAGAUGAAUAACUUUAUUGGUGACCUCAUGGCUUUCAGUGCGUCUGGCUCUGGUCAGCUACUGAAAUGCACUAACAACCAAUCGCGCCGUACUGCCUGGGAAAGCAUGGCGUCUGAGACACCAGCACCCAAAUCCUGUUACCCGGCUCAGACUGACCCACACAGCCAGAACCAGCGGAAAAACAUGGCAUCAAACAUCAGUUCUCAUUCUGGACAGAGGAUUGAAGAGUCUGCAAAUUGUGAUGAGCAACAACUACGGCCAUAUGCCUGCACAUGCCCAGGCUGUCCUCUGUCCUCAACGUCGACAUCAGCAUCUAUGCACCCGCUUUGCCUGAAAUCCAGAAACGGUUCUUCCUCUCAGGCUAACACAUCAAAAGCGUCCACAUCACAGUCCAAAGAGCCGAGCACAGUCGCGCUUGGCCUUGGCUCCUGUCUCAGCCUGGCUCUCUCUCUGGAAGAAAGAAACAGUGAGUCGACCAGCUUGUCCAACACCGAGCACCAGGACAAAGGCACAAACACACAUAGUCCCACAUCUGCUUCAGACUCCAGCCCCCAGAUCUGCCCACCAGCUCUCCAGACUUUCCCCUGCUUCUGCUGCCAUCCAUGCCCUCACAUUCUGCAUCCACAGCAGGCAUCUGAAACCCAUUUUGCCCACACUCAUUCUCACCACCACUACCACCAUCACCAUCACCACUGCCCUCUCACCGCCUGCUUGCUGUGCCGGCGUUCCUUUAACUGUACACAGCAGGAGGGCCACACUCAGCGCCAGCACCCGUGCAUGCACUGCUCUGCGUUGUUCAUGCGGCCCUCGCAACUGCUUCAGCACCAGCGCACCCAGCACUCGUCCAAAGCCGGCGGCUUCCUGUGCCCGGAGUGCGGCCGUGUCUUUAACUCACACAGCAACCUGCGUGUACACCUUAACGUGCACACAGGAGCACGGCCUUAUACGUGCUCUGAUUGUGGCAAGAGCUUCAGCCAGUCAGGCGCACUCAAGAUCCAUCAGCGCGUUCAUACAGGUGAGCGGCCUUACACGUGCUCCUACUGUGGCCGGGGCUUUCCGCACCUGGCUGGUGUCAGGGCACACCAGCGCAUACACACUGGUGAGAAGCCAUACCAGUGUGCACAGUGCGGCAAGGGCUUUACUCAGUCAGGUGCCCUCAAGGUCCACAUGCGUGUCCACACAGGCGAGAGGCCCUUUAUCUGUAAUCUAUGUGGUAAGGGCUUCUCCAACCGCUCUGGUGUCCGCUUUCAUCAGCGCACUGCACACGGCAUUAUUACCGAACCUAAUUCCGUAGGGCGGCCAAGCCUGACCACCAGUAGCUCAGAUGUCCAGCAGAAGCAGACUGAUCAGGCAGCAUCUGCCCAGCCCCUGGAGCACAGGCCUUUUCCAAGCAGAAAAAACUCGGAGGGAGAGGAAGUGAGAAGUUCCCUUCCUUAUGGCUGUGAGGAUUGCGGCAUGCGCUUUCAGGAUGCACUCUCCAGAAAUAGGCAUCAGGCAUUACAGCACUACUCCACUGAGGAAGAAGAUCAGAGUGAGAGACAUGGAAACGCACAAGAAGAACGUGUAGCAAAAAAGUCCUUGGUCUAAUAACAUACAGUGAAUACCAUGCUGGAAAAUAGGACUAGUCUAGGUCCAGACGGUCAGACUAGAUUAGUGUCCUUAAAAAAACCUCUUGUCUAAUCAUUAUGGGUGGAAAAUUCCUUUUGUGUGCUUCUGUAUGUGGCCUUAAAUUAAUAAGAUUAAUAAUUUAGCACUUUUAAUUAAAAAUGGAUGACAAAUUCUAAAAAGAGUAUUUCAUCAGAGGUACUGAGGUUUAUGAGGAGUUUACAAUGUUCAGUGUAUCAGUUACCCCUCCUCUAACUGUAAUUACAGUGUUCACUGCUCAUGUGCAGAGAGGCAGCUUCACUUGCCAUUUGUUAUUAUUGUUAUUAUUGUUAUUAUUAUUAUUAUUAUUAUUAUUGUUAUUAUUAUAGCAGGUCCAAGACCAAAGUGUGGCAGCAUUAGUGCUAUAAAGCUGGGUAUUGUGAAAGGUCAAUGCAGGAUGCAAUUCAUUGAGGUUGAAAGAGUCCACCUAGUGAUUGAGUAAAUGUCCAGGGGAAAAAAGCUGUCAUGGGAAACAUGGUCCACAAGUAUGCCGGAAUGGAGCAGAAGGCAGAGAAGGAAAUGCAGCUGGGACAUUGAGAAUGAGAAAUGGACACUUUUAAAUCUUCAUUGGCUAGAAUCUGCUGUGAUGGGGACAGUGUGUGCCAUGACAGGACCUGGAAGAGAGGGAACAACAUAGAACAUAUAAAGCCAAUGAAUCUGCCAGAUCCUUAUCCAGAACUUGCUGAGGUUGAAACAGUGAUGGACCACCACAGGGAGGUAGAGGAGUUUAAACGCGUAUGGACGUGACGGUGGGACAUGUGGCUGGGUUUGAUGAUGACUCAAAUCAUCAAUUAAAAGUAACCAUGUGACUGGGAAGUGAUGAACAAGCCGUUCUGAGGACACCAAACAAGGGCCCGGAGUUUAGCUCGCCUAAGUCUGAGACUGCAUCUGAUGAUAGACAAUCUGUGAGAGCAGAGCCACAGUGAGCAGAGGAGUACAUCAGGAAUACAAUCUAGAAACACAGCAAAUUUGACCUAUUGUGUAUUUUAAUGUACAUUUUAGGUACAUUUUUAAAAUAGAACUAUUAUCUAUUUUGUAUAGUUUACUGCUUUAACAUAGAGCACUUAGGACUUUACGUGUGACUAUGCAUGUGCGUACUUUUUGUACUUUAAAAGUGACAUCCGCUAAAUGGCAACAAUUUUUAUACUAUUAUGGGAUACAAACACUCAAUGAGCACUUGGAACACAUGUACACCUAGUCAUUCAUGCAGUUCUCUAAUCCAAUCCAGCAGUGCAGUGCAUAAUAUCGUGCUGAUAUGGCCAGCAGCUUAGGGUAUUGACAUGUCAGUCAUUUUGCCCUUGGCAUGAUUGUUGGGGCCAGAUUGUUUAGUUUGAGUAUUUUUUAUAACUCUUCAGACUCUCACACGCAGAGUCUUUUAGAGUUUACUCAGAAUUAUGUAAUAAAUAAAAAAUGUCGGCAAUAAUUUGGUCAGAAAUUUGGCACCAAAAGCAUUGUGGUGUGAACCGUCCUGACUGGUAGAUGUGGGGUAAUGGUGUGGGGAAUGUUUUCAUGGCUCACUUUAUGCCCCUUAAUACCAAACAGACAUCAGUUGAAUGCCAGUCUAUUUGAGUAUGCACCAUGAUAGCACCCUGUCACACAGCUAAAGCCAUCUCACUGGUUUCAUGAACAUGUUAAGUUCAGUGUUCUUCCAGUGCCUUUACAGUGGCCUUCCCAGGCACCAGAAUCAAGUAGAACACUUUUGGUGAGGUAAAGUGAGAGAUUUGACCGGAAUCUCAAGCAAAUGUUUCCAACAUCUUGUGGAAUCCAUUCCAUGAAGAACUGAGGCUGGUUUCAGAGCAAAGCAAGGCUCUACCUUGCAUUAUGUCAUAUGUGUUCCUAAUAAAGUGUCCAGUGAGUGUAUUUAUCUUUGUAAAACAGUACGAAAACACACGCACAUACACAAAACUCAGUCAUUGUGAUUGCUGUCAUGUCAUGAGCUGUAUCUCAAAUUGAAAGCCAUAAGCAUAUUUUUAGAAGCAAGUUUUUACUACAUUUUGAAUAUCCCUUGAAUGGCUUUUCAGUAGGUGUGUAAGCAACACGAGUAUUUUUGUAUUCAGACACCUAACCCUAAUAAAGAAGUUAUUUAGUGUUAAUGCUACAUAAAGUACUGCCUAUGUUGUAGUACAUCAUUAUGUGAUUUGAGACACAGCUCUAGUCUGUUCAUGCCAUUACGAAUAUCAUAUAACAUCAAACAACACUGCCUAUACUAUUGGUAUAUGUGGUAUGUAUGUUAAUUAGUAUUAUUUUUUGGUUGUGUACAAUUAAAGCACCAAAUGAA